GGUUCCGUGCGCUCUCGAUGGCUCGGCGGCCCCGGGCCGGGCGGCUGGGCGGCGGCGCAGCGGCGCUGCCCCGCUGAGGAGCCGGCAACAGGGAAGACGGGAGGGGCCCGAGACCCUCCGCCAUGGAGCCCGAGACGCUGGAGGCGCGCAUCAACAAAGCAACAAACCCCCUGAACAAGGACCUGGACUGGGAUGGCAUCAAUGCUUUCUGUGAGCAGCUCAAUAAGGAGUUGGAGGGUCCUCCACUUGCUACCCGACUGCUUGCCCACAAGAUCCAAUCUCCACAGGAAUGGGAAGCUAUCCAGGCCCUCACGGUGCUGGAGUCCUGCAUGAAGAGUUGUGGCAAACGUUUCCAUGAUGAAGUGGGCAAGUUUCGUUUCCUUAAUGAGCUCAUCAAAGUGGUGUCACCCAAGUAUCUUGGCAGCCGGACACCUGAGAAAGUGAAGUCAAAGAUCCUGGAGCUGAUGUACAGCUGGACAUUAGGGCUGCCUCAUGAGGUGAAGAUCUCAGAAGCCUACCAGAUGCUGAAGAAACAAGGGAUUGUGAAGUGUGACCCAAAACUGCCUGAUGAUGCUCCUUUUCCACCACCUCCCCCCCGGCCCAAGAACAUCAUCUUUGAUGACGAAGAGAAAUCCAAGAUACUGGCUCGUCUCCUGAAGAGUUCCCAUCCCGAGGACCUCCGGGCUGCCAACAAGCUCAUCAAGGAGAUGGUUCAGGAGGACCAGAAGCGCAUGGAGAAGAUCUCCAAGAGGGUUAAUGCCAUUGAGGAGGUGAACAACAAUGUGAGGCUACUGACAGAGAUGGUGACAAACUACAGCAAGGGGGAGACAACAGAAAGCAAUGAGGACCUAAUGAAGGAGCUCUAUCAGCGCUGCGAGCGCAUGAGGCCCAUGCUCUUCCGGCUUGCCAGUGACACAGAAGACAAUGAUGAAGCUCUAGCGGAGAUCCUGCAAGCCAAUGACAAUCUGACACAGGUGAUCAAUCUCUACAAGCAGCUUGUACGGGGAGAAGAGAUCAAUGGGGAGAUGGUGGCUGGCCCGCUUCGAGGGAGCACCUCAGCACUUCUGGAUCUCUCAGGCCUGGAUCUUCCAGCAGCAGGCCCUUCUUACCCAGCCUUGCCCACCCUUUCAGGUGGCGCAGCAGUCCCCAUUCCUGACCAGGCUGGCUCUGUCUCCUUGCUGGAUGAUGAACUGAUGUCUUUAGGCCUGAAUGACCCAGCGCCACAUCCCACCCAAGCUGGUGACAGCAGUGUCUGGAACAGCUUCCAGUCAUCAGACAGCAACGAUCUCAGUAUUGCCCCUAUCACAGCAACACCACCAGUCAAAGCAGAUGCUGGCACAUCCUCCCCCAAACCUUCUUCUUCCACCAGUGGCCUGGAUGACCUGGACCUCCUCGGCAAAACUCUGCUGCAACAGUCUUUGCCUCCAGAGUCUCAACAAAUGCGAUGGGAGAAGCAGCAGCCACCCCCACGGCUUACCCUGAGGGAUCUCCAGAACAGAAGCAGCUCUGGCAGCACAGUCAACAAUCCCAGCGCUCCGCCUGUGCCACAGAGUGUUUCCUCUAACCCAACACUGAACUCGGAGCUGCCUGCCCCUGCUACGCUUCCAAAAGCUGCCACCACAGCAGCAGCAAGUCCUGCAGUCCCACCACAGCCUCCUGCCACCACGCUGCUACAGGAGAUCUCGCUGGCCAAUGUCACUGUGCCUCUGGAGUCAAUCAAACCCAGCAGCAUCCUUCCUGUGACAGUGUAUGAUCAACAUGGCUUCCGUGUCCUCUUCCACUUCGCUAAGGACGCCCUGCCCGAGCGGCCUGACGUGCUGGUGGUGGUGAUCUCUAUGCUCAGCACAGCCCCGCAGCCCAUCCGCAACAUCGUCUUUCAGUCUGCCGUCCCCAAGGUGAUGAAGGUCAAACUACAGCCUCCCUCAGGCACGGAGCUGCCAGCGUUCAACCCCAUUGUCCACCCUAGUGCCAUCACACAAGUCCUUCUGCUUGCUAACCCACAGAAGGAGAAAGUGAGGCUACGAUACAAGCUGACCUUCACCAUGGGAGAGCAAACCUAUAAUGAAAUGGGGGAUGUGGACCAGUUCCCCCCACCAGAGUCCUGGGGAAAUCUCUAGGGCUGCACGUUGCAGACACUACAGUGCAGAGUCCUUGGGAAGCCAGCCCUGUGGGGCUGGAGCAGCCUGAGAAGAUGGGGAGGGCGGGAUGGGGGCUGCUGCUCACGCUGUAAUCUCCAGAUGGCCGGGCAAGGGCCAAAGGGAGCAUGCCUCAAGUAGGAGAGCAGAGAUGCCAGGAGAUGUUCAUCCCACAAGACUAGGAGUGGAGUGUAAAGCUUUGUGUGGAUGAACAGUUGCCUUCCCUGCUUUUCAAAAGUAUUGCUCCCUCCCCAGUCUGUCCAGUUUCUCUUCUAACCCUGCUUUCCCCCUAGGUGCAGUGGGGAACAAGGAAUGGAGAGUUUUAACAGCCUCAGCCUAGGGCAAGUCCUAGCAAAGGAAGAUCUUUUUCCUUAUCUGUCCCCUUCAUGCCUCCCAGACUUUCAGCUGCUUCAUGCUCUGUGGUGCUCUCUCUUGCCCCCUUGCCUCCUCACUAGAGCUGGGCGCCAGUUGUUCCCCAUCUAGUGAGACUGCAUUGAAGUUGGCGUGGAACGAGCCUGGGCAGAGACUGGGUGUCCUUCCAGCAGCAGAGAGGAGGCAGCUACCCUUGCUUUGGAAGGGGAUCAGGGGAGAGAUCUUCCCAUAUCCCACUCCUUCCAGCUGCCAUCAGAGCUGUUGGUGAGAGAUGGGCCUUGGGGUGGGAGCCUGGGGACUGGGAAUGUGUUGUUCUGUGCUUUUCUGUUCCCUUUAGCUGGAGCCCCUGGGCACUCAACCCCCACAGCAAGAAAGCCCACGUGUUUCCCAUUUGCUUUAUCUGCCACAGCAAGCUUUGGGAACUGGCACUGGACAUUGUUCUGUGUGCCAGCCCGGAGAGGGACAUGCUGGAGUUGGAGGGAAUCUCCACACAGCCUCUUGCCAGACAGGAGGGAAGCAGCACAAGAUGUGGUCUUCAUUCCUGUCUGGGCUGAGAGCUUAGCGGGGUGGUGGACUUUUCAGUGUCCUCUAGCUGGGGUUCAGUGGCAGGCUGGCAGUUGUGGAGAGGCUGGAGCCCAGCUCAUCACCAGAGGGCACCACUCAACUCUGCACUGGAGCUCAACUCUGCACCGGGGCAGUACCGGGGGCCGGUACAGCUGUGCCUUGUGCACCUUUGCCCGCAGCCUGUGGGCAGGCCUGGCUCCCUGCGGUGGGGAGGGGGCUUGUCCCACGGCUGCCUGAUCACUGUGACAUAAGAUUGAGGAUCUGCAGGCAUGGAAGAGACUGGAGGUGGCGUGUUCCAAGCAUUCCCAUCUCCAUGGGACUUGCAACCACGGGAGCCACUUUCUGCCCCAAGAUAGUUUAAGAGGGCCUGGUCUUAAAGGCAGGAGCAAGCUGUGCCUGGCACCAGCUUGUCAGAUGUAGGAGGAGGCCUGUGCACGAUGUAGGGUGAGUGGUUGUGCCUUGCACUUGUGGCUUGGGGACAGUGAAGGUGAGGUGUUGGUGAGAGGUGUCUCAGAGCAAGCGCUAGAGGAGAGGGGGAAGCAAGGUCUUUAUGGUGGGGUUCUGCUGUGUCUUACUUCCCUUUCUGGUCUCUCUUCAGGGUUUUGUAUGGGUUUUUUUCUUUGCAGAUCUUGUUUGGUUCUUGAACAGACUUAUGUAUAUAUUUUCAGUGCAAAGUUCUGUAAAUGGAAGAAAACAAACAUUUAGAGUGAAACGCCCGGCGCGACCGACCUGCUGUAUUUAUGGGAAAUAAAGAGGUCUUUCCUGA